CGCACACACUAGUUCAGCUCGAGUACCCUGACUGCACACAGUGAGUCGACACAGCUCUAUAACCUCUGCGAGAUUAUUAUAUUAUUAUGCUGGAGAUCUGUGUACUGCUGAAGAACAUGUUGAACAUCUUCGCCUGUUUCUCUCUGUGUUUCUGGCACAUAGUUGGUGUGUCUGGUGUCGAGACUGAUCAGAUGAAGUCUGCAGAAGUGACAGAGGGAGAUUCUGUCACUCUACACACUGGUAUUACUCAAAUACAAGGCGACGCUGUGAUCCUCUGGACAUUUGGACCCAAAGACACGUACAUAGCCAAAAUCAACAAAGCUCAUAAUGAGAUCUUUCAUGAGAGCGUGGAUGGGAGAUUCAGAGACAGACUGCUGCUGGACAAUCAGACUGGAUCUCUGACCAUCACAAACACCAGCACAGAACAUUCUGGAUCUUAUCAAGUAGAAAUCGUCACUGGAAAUAAGGUAUCGCUCCAGACUUUCAGUCUUACUGUCUAUGCGUCUCUCUCAGUGCCGGUCAUCUCCAGUUUCUCUCCAUCAAGCUCUUCAUCUUCAGAAACAUCAUUAAAGUCCAGCUGUGUGUUGCUGUGUUCUGUGGUGAAUGUGACUCAGGUGACUCUCUCGUGGUACAGAGGAUCCCGUUUACUCUCCACCAUCAGCAUCUCUGAGCUGAACACCACUCUCUCUCUACAUCUGGAGCUGGAAGAUCAGGAUAACAACAUCUACAGCUGCCGGGUAAACAAUGCCAUCAGCGAGAGGACCAAACAUCUCAACGUCUCUGACUUCUGCCAGCCAGAAAAACCUGCUUGCAGACACGACGCCCACAGUUUCACUGAAGCUGUUUUCCAAUUGGUCCUGUCUGCUCUGGUGGGUGUGGCUACUGUUGCUGUUCUGCUUUAUGAAGUCUGCUCCAGAACCACGUGACAGGACUGGAAGGUAAAUGCCCAGAAAAGGUCCUCUGAUGAGCCCUGGAACUAUCAUUACACUUUGCUCAUCUCCUGCUUUUAAUUAUGUUUCAGUUUAUCAGCAUCGUACUUACGCAAUCCUUUACAAUAUCACAGAGAAAUGUCAAAACAAAUGUCUGUUUAAGUUGAAUAUGUAUCCAAUCAGCCCUUUUAAAUGUCAUAAACAUAGCUGUUUUGAUUUAUAAAUACACUUUAUGAAUAUUAUA